AACAACGGCUCCCACGAGAAGCAGGCACCGAGAGAGUGCGUCUCGCUGCUUGGAGCGCUCCAUGAACGCAUCGUUCGCGAGCAAGAGGCUCUCUCGAGCUCUGCUCGUCGCUGCUGCCCCCGCUCGCCGCUCGGCGGCGGCUACCGCACCGUCGCUCUCGCGCCCGCCGUCUUCGUCCGCUCCCGAGAGCGAUGGCACGACCAGUUCUCUCUUUCACUCCCCAUGGUCCGUCCUCCAGCAACGCGGCGUCAAAGUCCGCGGAUCCGACGUAAGGCCUGGCAAUGUUGUUGAAAGAAAAGGUCGUCUCUACGAGGUUGUGAAAGCUGAUCAUAACCAACAGGGCCGAGGAUCUGCCAUGAUACAGGUGGAGCUCCGUGAUGUUGAGAGUGGAAAUAAAGUGAAUGCACGGUUUAAUACAGAUGAAUCUGUGGAAAAGAUAUUUGUCGAGGAGAAGUCCUUCACAUGCAUGUGCACGAUGGGGGAUGAAGUUGCCUUGAUAGACCCUCAGACAUUUGAGCAAGUGGACGUGAAAAGGGAUUUGUUUGGAAAAUCUGGUGUUUACCUGAAAGAGGAAAUGAAGGUCAUGUUGCGGUUCUUUGACGAUAGACCGUUGUCAGGAUCAGUUCCCAAGCGUGUGAUAUGCACUGUUGUGGAUACUCCACCUCCUUUGAAAGGGGUUUCAGCUGCACCUGCGGAGAAAAGGGCUUUACUGGACAAUGGUCUGACGGUGAAAGUACCAGCUUUCAUUGAAGGUGGUGAAGCUAUACUUGUCAAUACAGAGGAGGACUCUUAUAUGAGCAGGGCAAAGGAAUGAUUGCAAGAUAUUGGAGGUUACAGUUCUUGGCUGUCUCCAAAUAAGAUUGAAGCAAACUCUUUUUGAGAUAGUGAAAGAAGGCCAACGAAGAUGUUUUGGGAAUUAACUUCUCUAUUGACACAGAUCCGGUUCAGAGUUGAUGACGCAGUCUUGUGGAUUUAAUUGUUUGUUCAAUUGACCUGUCCGUCUUUUUAGGUAUCCAGUGUUAUUCAAGUUCAGGAAUGGUGCUUUUCUUGAUGAUAACUUAUGCUUGAAACAUUUGCCUGAAGAGCAUGAAACAUGAUCUCUAUGAGAUCUAACUGGAGAACAGGUGUGCUACUGCAUAACAUGAAGUGAUCCUUACUGUU